AUGAUCGAAUAUUGCAACACGUCGUCUCCUCCCCUUCAUACGCUCUCUGAUUUCUUUAUCUAUCUUUCCAUAUCUGAUUCCUUCCCACCAGCUCUCUUUCUAUUUCUUUCCUUUUUUUCUCUCUCUCUCUUUUUCUUUCUCUCCCUCUUUCUCUCUUUCUCACUCGUUCGCUUUCUCUCUCUCUCUCUCUCUCUCUUUUUCUCUGACAUACAAGCACGCGCUCACACAUACGCACGCAUCAAGUGGGCCGCUUUUUCGUUACAUUCCAAGCAUAGCAAACUCAUGGCGUCCUGCCAAGUAACGAACCAACAGGCUUUUGUCGUCUUCAUUCCAAAACAUCUUUUUCACGAUGCUUUUUCUUAUACAAAUUCUUUCCUCUUUUCUUUUCACCAUAAUACACCAUUUCUGUCUGACUUUCUGACGCAUUUUUACGUAGCUUUAAGAAGUUUACAUUCUUUCUUUCUUUCUUUCUAUCUUUCUUUCUUUCUUUCUUAUGUCCCAUUUCAGCAAUGUCUUUUUAUAUUUCCCUAUCUCCCUUUUUUUGUUUCUCUUCCUUCUUUUCUUUCAUUCUUCCUACCAAACCAUAUUCCUUUCCCAUUCAACAAUUCCCUUUUUAUAACAAUUUCUUAUUCUUCUUUUUUCUUUCCUAACUUUUUCAUUCCCUCCCCUUUUCCAUCAUUUCUUCAUCUCUUUCUAUAUUCCAUUCUUCUCCCCUUUUCUUUCAUCAAUUUCUUUUUCUUUUUCACAUUGUUCUUUCUUUGUUCAUUUCCUCCAUUUUUCUUCAUUUAUUCAACUCUUUCCCAAUUUCUUUUGCUUUCACAUUUCCUCCUGUUUUUAUUUUUAGACAUUUUCUUUUUAUCUUUCUCAUUCUUUCUUUCCCUCUUUCCUUACUUUCUCAUUUCCUUCUUUUUUUCCUUCGUUUUCUCACCUCUUUCCCUCUUGCUUUCUUCCUAUAUUUAA